CAUAACAUUCCUAAGCUAUAUUAUUUCUCUAACAACUAUAAAGCUACAUCAAAACACACAUACUCUUUAAUUUUCCUAAGUUCUUUCUCCAUUUUUUUUUCAUUUUUUAUUUUGGCUUCUCCCAUUUUCUCUCCUUGACAUGAUCAUGGGAAGCUUUAGCCAAUUUCCACCAAUUUCCAAAUGUAACAUCGAAAACCGAUCAAAUCAGCACGUCGUGGCUUCAGACCUAGAUGGAACGCUUCUCGUGUCGAGAAGCGCUUUUCCUUACUACAUGCUUGUAGCCAUUGAAGCCGGUAGCAUGCUAAGAGGAUUAGUUCUCUUAGUCUCGGUACCCUUUGUAUAUUUUACGUACCUUUUCUUAUCCGAGACACUGGCAAUCAAGACCUUGAUCUUCAUUGCCUGUGCAGGCCUGAAGAUGAAGAAUAUUGAGCUAGUGUCUCGGUCCGUGUUACCAAGAUUCUAUGCUGAGGACGUACAUCCAAAAACAUGGAGAGUGUUCAAUUCGUUUGAAAAAAGGUACAUUGUAACCGCUAGUCCAAGGAUUAUGGUGGAACCAUUUGCAAAGACCUUUUUGGGUGCUGAUAAGGUUCUUGGGACAGAACUAAGUGUAACAAAAUCAGGAAGGGCAACAGGGUUUGUUAAGGAGCCUGGUGUAUUGGUUGGUGAACACAAGAAAGAAGCUGUUAUGAAAGAAUUUGGGCCUCAAAGCUUACCAGAUUUGGGACUUGGAGAUAGUUUAUCUGACUAUGAAUUUAUGUCAAUUUGCAAGGAAGCAUACAUAGUGCCAAGGACAAAAUGUGAUCCCUUACCAAGAAACAAGCUUCUAAGCCCAAUUAUCUUCCAUGAAGGGCGUUUAGUUCAAAGGCCAACCCCACUAAUUACCCUUUUAACCUUCCUAUGGAUGCCAAUAGGUAUAAUACUCUCAAUCCUAAGGGUGUACCUUAACAUCCCUCUCCCUGAAAAAAUUGCUUGGUACAAUUACAAGCUCUUAGGAAUAAGGGUAAUUAGAAAGGGUACCCUUCCACCAGCACCAGGUAAAGGCCAAAAAGGUGUCCUAUUUAUUUGCAACCAUAGAACCGUAACGGACCCAAUUAUCAUAGCCGUUGCUCUAGGAAGAAAAGUUAGUUGUGUGACAUAUAGUAUUAGCAAAUUCAGCGCAUUAAUUUCACCAAUUAAGACCGUGGCAUUGUCUAGGGAGAGAGAAAGAGAUGCUGAGAAUAUUAAGAGGUUGUUGGAGGAGGGUGAUUUGGUAAUUUGCCCUGAGGGUACAACUUGUAGGGAACCCUUUCUAUUGAGGUUCAGUGCACUCUUUGCUGAAUUAACGGAUAGGAUUGUUCCCGUUGCAAUUAACACUAAGCAGAGUAUGUUUUAUGGUACUUCCGUUAAUGGGUACAAAUUCUUUGACCCUUAUUUUGUGUUCAUGAAUCCAAUGCCUACAUAUGAGGUCACUUUCUUGAACCAAUUGCCGCUGGAGUUGACUUGCAAAGGAGGGAAAUCUGCAAUUGAAGUUGCUAAUUAUAUUCAGAGGGUUCUUGGUGGGACUUUAGGGUUUGAAUGCACCAAUUUGACUAGGAAGGAUAAGUACCUCAUGCUUUCUGGAACAGAUGGAACAGUUCCAUCUAAUAAGAAACAUUGAAGAAACUUGAGAGAAGAAACAAAAAUAAAAGGAGGGGUGUUUUGGUAAAGUGUGCAUAUUACUUACUAUAUGGUGUGCUAAAAAUAUGAUGAUAUAUAGCUACAAUCAAAAUACAGUUGUUCUUCUAAUUUUCUAUUGGUAAUAAUAAUGAGAAAUGUUAUUUUUUAUAUAA